UUUGAACACACACGUCACACACUCUGCACGCUCAUCCAUACACUCUCAAACCCACUCUCUCACUCACGCCCACAAACCCAGACAUAUACAGUCAGCACACACUCGCCUCGGCUCUCAGAUCUCAUCCACCCGUCGGUGUGUAUGAGUCCCUGUGCAACACGCUGAGAAUCACUCCCUCACACACUACGUCCGUCACUGGCUCCUUGGCUCUGACCGGAGAGGAGGAUUCUCCUGUAUGGCCUGUGACUCUCUGCUCUAACUGAAGACUACCACACAACACAGAGCACAGAGACAGGGAAGAGGAGAGGGAGAGAAACGCUACCCCCCUCAGAGAGAACAAAAACCAGCCUGACGGUGUGGCAGCAGCAGCAGCAGCAGUAGAAGAAGCCUUUGUCUUGUCCAGCUUGGUCCACAUGCUCCCCCCGUAGAAAGAAGAGAACAGAAGAGAGGAGAGGAGAGAGAGAGCAGCUCUGAGCACUGACACAUUGACCUACUCUAGCAGGAAGAGAACAACGUUUGCUGUUUGCUGUGUUUCCCUGUGUGGAUUCAGAUUCAGUACUUGGACAGCUCCGGAGCGCUCCGCUCUCCAACACAUUCCUGUAGUAUAGUAUAUGUGAAGUCUCCCUCGUCGAGACCCCAUUCCCAGGGGCAGCCCUGGACCCCCAGCCCCAGCCCCCCUUGGCUCGCUCCCUGGCUCCCUGCGCCCCUCUCCCCCUGGGGACAGUGGACAGCAUGGCCAGCCUGGAGCACCAGUGGGAGAAGCAGCUCUUUGAGAAGUUCUGGAAGGGGACGUUUAAGGCUGUGGCCACACCGAGACCAGGGAGCAUUAUCGUGGCCAGCAUCACCGCACGGAGGAGGGUAAUCAGCACUGAGACAACAACAUGCCAGCCACUCAAGGCUGAUGGGAGGAAUGCCGAGGCAGCAGACACCAAGUUGGACACAACCACAGACAGAAAUGGAUGCAUUAGAGACAUGGGAAGACGCAAACAUGGCAGCUAUCAUCGGACGCGGAGUGUGUUGUUUGAUGACGAUCUUUCCCCUCGGCCCCACGCUUCCAAGGGGAAGAAGAAGAGGAGGAAAUCGGAGAGAAAGAGGAAGAGGGAAAGGUCUCCGUACUACAGUCUGUCUCCGGUGAGGAAGAAGAAAAAGAAGAAGAGCUCUAAGAAAAGCAAGAGCUCUAAGAAAAGCAAACGCCACAGGUACACCUCUAAAAAGACAAAGCACAGCUCUUCUAGUUUGAAACAUAAGAGGAAGGAUGAUCGAAAGCACAAAAAAAGUUCACGGAGGCACAUGCACCGGAGACGACGCUACCGGAGGUCGGAGUCUGAGAGUUCCACCUGGCGCUCCUCCAGCACCGAGAGCAGACGUCAUCUGCACAAAUCAGUGGAUCACCCUGCGUUGGGAGGCCUAGCAGCCCUGAUGGAGGACCCUGGUACAUCACUGGACCACGGAGGGUUUGAGUGGGAGCCGGCCGCCAAGUCAGUGUGUAAAACAACUCCAAUCUUUCGCUCCGUCCUUUCUACCAGCACCGUCUUACAGUCUAAACCUGGCGGUGAGGUUUUAAACACGACAGUGAUUCUCCGUCACACUUUGUCCAAUCAGAGCAAAGGACCACAGGAUUACGAUUCCGGGAACGACACGUCUUCCCCACCAUCGACCAAAACCGUCAUUUCACAGUCAAACGUCACCGGCGACAAAAAGGUCCUAUGCCGUGCGCCGGCUUCACCGGAGAAACUGAGGUUCAGGGAGGGAGGCAACGCGUCCGACUCUGGGAACUCUGUGACCAGCUACGCUUCCCUGUGUAAACCUCUGCAUGUGGAAGGUGGCUUGCCUACUGCUACUUUCAACGGGAAUGGCAAGAGUGACCCGUUGAAGACUUCCGGAUGUGGGGCCAAGGUGGGGAGACCUCAGAAGACUGCCUCCAUCUCUCCGUUGAGGACGGUGGCCUCUUCACGUAAGAGGGCUAAAGCCAUCUCCUCCAGCAGCAGCAGCAGAAGCAGGAGUAGAUCCUCUGGGAGCUCCAGACACUCUGGACGCUACUCUCGAAGCCGAUCACUGUCAUCUGCCAGGUCAUACUCCCGUUCACCGAGCUACUCAGCUGGUUUGAGAAGGAAAGGAAGUGGUAGGUCCAGAGGAAGAUACUCCAGGAACAGUGAAGACAGGGUCCGAGAAAGGAAGAGGGACCCCAGCUCCUGUGAGAAGGAUGUGAAACACAGCAGUCGGAAGCAUAGCGGGAAGAGGCAAAAACCCAGGUCCUACUCUCCCAUGAGAAAAAGGAGGAGAGAUUCACCCAGUCACCUGGAAGCCAGGAGGAUAACCAGUGCCAGGAAGAGACCCAUCCCCUACUUCCGUCCCAGUCCUUCGUCCAGCAGUCGCUCUACCAGCGUAUCCUCUUGGAGCAGCCUCUUCACAAGGAGUCGCAGCCUCAGCCCCAGCCCUGGCCUCUGCCUCAGCCGAUCCAGGAGUAGAAGCCGACGAAGAAGUAGGAGUUACUCCUCCUACAGGAGCUACAGUCGCAGCUCGUCUUGGAACUCCAUCUUUGGGAGUCAAAGCCGGAGUCGGAGCUAUGACUCGUUGGAUGGUUACAGCAAGAACAAGAACCGGCGCUGAGUUAUAAAACAGACUGAGGAAGAGGAGACUGACUUAUCAACAGACUGAGGAAGAGGAGACUGACUUAUGAACAGACUGAGUUAGCAACAGACUAAGUUAUCAACAGACUGAGGAGGAGACUGCACUAUGAUUCCCCAAGUCAACAGGAGAACAGCGAAAGUAUGGGGACAUGUUUUCCUCUCUUUGCAUCAUUCCUUGUUAGAUCUCUGAGCCAGAACCUUCAAGCAAUUGUUUUUACCAUACAUUGAAUUGCUUGGCAGAUGAAUUACCAUUUGAAUUGUAGCAGUGCUGUUCACAUUACCCAGACAGAAACCACUGGAAAUAGAUAGAUUGAAUUUGUCUUUCGUUCAUUUUUGUCCAUCCCCAGUGGAUUUGUAAUGUCCAGAGACAAUUUGGUCCAUCCCCAGUGGAUUUGUAAUGUCCAGAGACAGUUUGGUCUAUUCCCAGUGGAUUUGUAAUGUCCAGAGACAGUUUGGUCUAUUCCCAGUGGAUUUGUAAUGUCCAGAGAGUUUUGAGUUUUGUCUUGUGACACUCUUCCUCUGACGUCCAUGAGUGAAAUGAAGGAUGAAGGAGCACCGUUCAUUUUUACCCUCUGAUAAACUCUUCAUUUCAUAACAACUCUUAGGUUUAAUUUAUGAUCUGGGAUGUGCACUAGAAAGGUCUUUUGGGACAAUUUCAGUAGGUUUGUGAAUGUGUGUAUUUUCAAACGGCGUGUUUUUCAGAAAGAGUAGGAAAAGGUGUGUUGCUUCUCUGAUCCCAGCUCUUCAGAAGGUAGAACACAAACAUUCCUCCUCUGAGAAAUGGAGGAGGAGGUAGGAGGAGGUAGGGGGAGGUAGAGGUAGGAGGAGGAGGAGGUAGGAGGAGGUGGUCCCGGUGGCAAACAAACUGCUUGUCAGCUCAAAUGCCAGUUUUAUUUAUCCUCUGAUCAAGUGUAAACCAUUUGAAAUGUCAUUCCUUGUAAAAUGAUGGUGAAUUAACAUAUCACUCUGCAGAAGGCCAAGACUGAGAAAUGGGUUUGUCAUGAUCCAGAAAUCCUGAAAAUGUCCAGGAAAGCAUUAUUUUCCCUAAGAACCCCAAACGACACUGAACAAUUUGGAUAUCUAAAUUGCAACACCUUGGGUAGGGGUUAAAUGACAAUUUAAACACUGAUUAACAUGUAGGUUGUCAUAUUUUUUUCCUUCAUCUUGGUGGUUAUCUAUUCAUGUAUUUAUUUAUGGUUGAUCUUUAUGUGUUCUAUGUGUUCUAUGUGUUCUAUGAGUUAUAUGAGUUCAAUAACUUCUAUGGGUUCCAUGGGUUCUAUGUGUUCUAUGAGUUCUAUGUGUUCUAUGAGUUCUAUUCCUUUGACUAAAAGGACUAAAUAAGAGACAGUGUUGAAAUGUUUUACUUUUCUUUUUGACAGAGAGGAAAUUCAACAUUGGAUGAAUCUACUAUUUUAACGGUCUGAAAUAGCACUGUAACAUAAUUUGCUUGAAUUGAAUGAGUUUGGUAUUUCAGAACCUCAUCGGUCUUGUUUUGUUGUCUGUCCGAAGGACAAUAUAAAAAAAAUGUUUGUGUCAUGCAUACUUGUAACGUGUUUACAAUCAUAUUUCUGCAUUUGUGUCACCUCUCAGUAAUGGUAUCUGUUUGUUUCUAUGCAACACCAUUAUGCCACUGGGGUUCUACUAUGUCUAUGAUGUAAUGUUAGGGUCUGAAUGAAGAAAGUUCCAGUUUAAACUCUACAAUGGACAGUCUGAAUGCCAGUCUGUUUGUGCUUUCACGCCAACUCAAUGUCACCCAUUGAAAGUAAUGGAGUUGGCAAGAGACCAAACAGAUCUGGGAUCAGGCUACAAUAAACAAUGUAAUGGCAUAUAGAUUCAGACAAUACUACUUCACUUUUUUUGAAAUGUUACUUUCAACUAUUCCCCUCUUCUCUUUUGAGGGGAAUGCUAUUUUCUUCAGAGGAUGUCCUAUAAAAAGCCACAACCGAGACUACAGAGAAAAAAAAAGAGGAAACUAAAAGCUUGUGUGUCAGAGAAGACAACCCCAACCGUGACGUUUAGCCUCAAUGAAUAGUCUGCUGCAUUUGUUAAACAAUGUAUUAAGUGGGCUCGUAGUGCACUGUUUGAAUAACAUUAGUAUCUAGAACCGCUGCUCCUGCCCGUACUGUAUAUCAUUGAAAUGGUUUUAUUUCUGCAUUAUGUCUAAUCUGUCACCUUGUAUAUCUUUGUUCAGUAUGUGCGCCAGGCAAGAGGGUCUGUUCUCUAUGCAUUGUACUGUAUAAUCAUCUGAGGUCCUUUAUCUGAAUGCUCAACGACUUGUCCAAAAGUAUAGAGAUAUUGGGAGGAAGAUGACAAGUAUUUUACAUAGUAAUUAUGCUUUUGAGGUGAACCACUCUCCCUCGUGGCCCUAAUAUACCAUUCCAUGAGGUAAAGUGUAAACUGUGAAAUGUAUAUGAAUAUGUAAUUACUGUGGUGUAAAUAUGCAUCGGCACUGUAUACAUUUAUUACAUGAGGGAUGAGAAGUAUAAUUAAUUUAGAAUUUGUGGAAUAGUCAAUCAAAUGAUCAAUGCAUCUACACAUGUAUUGGUAUGGUAAACUUUCUCACAUGUACUGUGUGUAGAUACAUUGCCUCACUGUUGUCAACUCAGCUGUAAGCUCUUUGAUUUUCCAUCACAUUAUAUGAUGUGUUUCUAUAAUGGCCAUUGAACUAGUUCUGAAAGAGAAAUCAUAGAGUAUCAAGGCACAAGGCGAGACCCAGAUGCAGACACAGGAGGAAGAUGGUUGGAGUCUUACAAUGUUUAUUCAUCCAAAAGGAGUAGGCAAGAGAAUGGUCGUGGACAGGCAAAAAGGUUCAAAACCAGAUUAGAGUCCAAGAGGUACAGAGUGGCAGACAGGCUCGUGGUCAAGGCAGACAGAAUGGUCAGGCAGGCGGGUACAGAGUCCAGAAACAGGCAAGGGUCAAAACCGUGAAGACUAGAAAAAGGAGAAUAGCAAAAGGUAGGAGAACGUGGAAAAACGCUGGUUGACUUGGAACAUUCAAGACGAACUGGUACAGAGAGACAGGAUUCACAGGGAUAAAUACGCUGGGGAAAAUAAGCGACACCUGGAGGGGGUGGAGACAAUAACGAGGACAGGUGAAACAGAUCAGGGUGUGACAGCGAGCCAAGAAAACAUUUGGGAAACUGGGGGGGAAUUGAGAAAUAUUGGAAACUAUAUCAGUGGGUUAUAGAGGUUUUUGUGUUUGAACUCCAUCCCUGAUCAUGUUGAAAACAAAAAGUUAAAUAACAAGGCGCAUGAUAAGACUGAUGCUCCAGUGUGUUAAAUUAUUCAGUCUCUCAUUUUCUCUGUGAACAAGCAAUAAUGUGGAGAUGGAGAGCUAGGAUGCAUUUUCCCACUGGCACCCAGCAGGGUGUCAGUGUGAGCUUGACUUGUUGUAAUGCUUCAGCUGAAAUCGGAUUGCCCUCCCCUUGAACCCUUAAAAUAAACCCUUAUCCCUCUUCCCAUA